AUGUCGGCUGCCGUGGCGUGCCUGGACUACUUCGCCGCCGAGUGCUUGGUGUCCAUGUCCGCGGGUGCUGUGGUUCACCGCCGCCCGCCGGACCCCGAGGGCGCGGGCGGAGCGGCCAGCUCGGAGGUGGGUGCGGCGCCGCCGGAGUCCGCUCUGCCGGGUCCGGGGCCACCGGGGCCCGCGUCGGUCCCCCCGCUCCCCCAGGUCCCCGCCCCUAGCCCCGGCGCGGGCGGCGCCGCGCCCCACCUGCUGGCUGCAAGCGUCUUGGCUGACUUGCGCGGCGGCUCUGGUGGGGGCUUCGCAGAGUACUCCGGGGAAGUUCUGCGCUCCUCGUCCGGCUCCUCCGACCCGACCCCGUGCUCCGGCCCGACCCUGGGCUCCCAGCCAGCCCCGGCCUCCAGCGCAGCCGAGGUCUCGGAACCCAUGCACUCCUCCGGCGCGCUCGAGGUCCCUGGCGCGCCAGACGUCCCGGGAGCGCCUGCCCACCCUGGCGCGGUGUCUGGCGUGGCCCCUGGGGCCGGCCCCGCCCCCGCCACGGGUCCAGGCCCCCGUCGGAGGCCAGUAACACCUGCUGCCAAGCGCCAUCGCUGCCCCUUCCCGGGCUGCAACAAAGCCUAUUACAAGUCAUCACAUCUGAAGUCCCACCAGCGCACCCACACGGGUGAGCGCCCGUUCUCCUGCGACUGGCUCGACUGCGACAAGAAGUUUACGCGCUCCGACGAGCUGGCCCGCCACUACAGGACGCACACGGGCGAGAAACGCUUCUCCUGCCCACUCUGCCCCAAGCAGUUCUCUCGGAGCGACCACCUGACCAAGCACGCCCGCCGCCACCCAUCCUAUCAUCCUGACAUGAUCGAGUACCGGGGGCGCCGUCGCACCCCCCGCGUCGACCCGCAACCCGCCAACCUGGUGGACAGCUCCGGCUCCGUCCCCGGGCAGGUGCCCAGCUUCACCACCUGCUUGUCUGACAGUCACUGCUGUUAGUCGUUCCUUCAAGGACGAUCCCCCAGGCCACUGUCCUUGCUUUUUCUCUGCCCACCCCUCUUUCCCUGAGUGAUUAUACCAAGGCACAGACUGGCUUCUCCGCUCCGGGGGAUGGGGGUGCGGGGGUCCAGGCAGGCAUGUUGGACUCUGGGGAGGGACUGGGGGCCCGAAAAUAGCAGGAUUUGUUACAACACGUAUAUCAUCCAAAAGGGGGGGAUUGCCUCAAGACAGCCCCCCGGAACUGAUAAGAAGGGAUGAACCCCCGUUCUCUCCAGAGUCCUGAAGAUUCUCCCUUCCAUGGGAACCAGAGAUGUGAAACUGGAAUUCUCAGGUGCCUGAGGAGCUCUCAGUCUCAAAAGACUCUGGUGUCUUACCCACCCACCAGGGGGGACCUUGGAGAGGGUGUCAGGGGUGGCAGUCUUGGGAAUGUCCAGGACUGGGAUGGUGAGAGGCCUUUGGAAACAGAAAUGAUUUCUAUUUCUGUAAACAGUGAUGUU